UACUUCGAUAGUUUUCACUCGGUUGUGCCCAUCACUAGUUAGAGGUGUCUUAUUAUUUGUUACAUGUGGUUGUGAGACACUUGGCUUAUUUUUUUCUGGAAUAUUGUGAUUUUUAUCUUUUAAAAUAAAGUUAUAAUUUAUAUUUUAUUUUCUCCAAGUCGUUUCUAGGUGGCUACCUACCGCAUUAAUUAACUGUCAUCAUGGUUGCACAAAAGAUGUUGAGUUUGGUAUUGGUCGGGCUCUUACUAUCAUCUUCCGCUCAUGCUGGUCCACUGACAGCGGGAAUUUGUUAUGCCGGAUGUGCAGCUGUCACUGUUGCUUGUUUUUCAGCAGCUGGGUUUACUUUCGGCACUGUCCCUGGAGCAGUGAUUGCUGCUACACCCGCGUUAGCCGCGUGUAAUGCAGCUUUUGGAAUUUGUGAAGCUAGCUGCGUCGCUGCCUUAGUUGUACCCGUACCCUAAAGAAUAUCGUUUUAAACAGCUUAAGAAAUGAACUUUGUUUUCCAAUUAUUAAUAUAUUUUUUUAAUUUUCUUUUAUUAAAUACUUUAUUGAAUAUCA